UUUUGGCUUUCUUCAUACUCGGCCGUCAUUUGGCAUUAACUUUGGUUUGGCGGCCUUAAUCCAUCAUCUCUUUUUUCAACGUGUCGCGUGUCAAACCUUGCAUCGCUAGACUAAUUGACUCCGCCGUCGCGGAAACUCUCGCACAAUGACGACCGCGACCCCCGUCGGUGCUCUCCUCGAGAAGCUGCCGGUCCCGACUCUUGACCGGCCGUUCGGCAUCCAUCUUUGGCCCAUCUUCAGCAAGGCUUUCGAGUACGUCGUUGGCUACUCGGCCGAUGACUUCACCUUCCAGCCGGGCUCGACGCCCAUGUCGACCCUGAAGGAGACGAGCAUCUUCAUCGUCAUCUACUACACGGUCAUCUUUGGCGGCAGGGAACUGAUGCGCAACCGCGAACCGUUCAAGCUGCGCGCCCUGUUUUUGAUCCACAACUUCUAUCUCACCGCCAUCAGCGCUAUCUUGCUCGCCCUCUUCAUCGAGCAGAUGCUGCCCACCGUCGUCCGCCAUGGCAUCUUCCACGCCAUCUGCGCCAUUGAGGGCGGCUGGACUCAGCCCCUGGUUGUCCUUUACUACUUGAACUACCUCACCAAGUACCUUGAGCUUCUGGAUACCUGCUUCCUCUUCCUCAAGAAGAAGCCCCUGACUUUCCUUCACUGCUACCACCACGGCGCGACGGCUCUCCUGUGCUACACGCAGCUUAUUGGGUCGACGUCGGUUUCGUGGGUUGUCAUCUCGCUGAACCUGAUGGUGCACGUGGUCAUGUACUGGUACUACUUCCAGAGCGCCCGCGGCAUCAAGAUCUGGUGGAAGGAGUGGAUCACCCGUCUCCAGAUCAUCCAAUUCGUCAUCGAUCUCGGCUUCGUGUACUUCGCGUCCUGGACCUACUUCACCUCGACCUACUUCCAGUGGCUCCCCAACGCUGGCCAGUGCGCGGGCGAGGAGUUCGCUGCUUUCUCGGGCAUCGCUAUUAUCAGCUCCUAUCUCUUGCUCUUUAUCUCGUUCUACCUCGCGACGUACAAGAAGGACGGCAAGCGGCCCAGCGGGCGCAAGGCCGUGCGGAGGAUGAGCCAGGCCCCGCUGCCAGACCCGAUCCACGGCUCGGCCGCGAAUGCCAACAGCUACGCCAACGGCAGCAACGGCGACGCCAAGUCGACCGGUGUUAAGACCAACGGCACCGCCACCCGCUCAAGGAGGGCUUAAGCGCCCUCAUGACGAGCCUGUCGCGGUGAUUGCACACACUGGCGGUUCAAGGGACGACACGGGCAGCUUUUUGGACCGCAGGAGCGAUGCCUCCGGGCGCAUGUGCUCAUGCGAAGCGUAGCGGCGUGACAGUGUGACAACUAGGAUAUCAAGGAGUGCGAUUUGUACAACACGCACCGCGGGGCAGUAGAU